AUGGCUCAGACCCCGGCAGGUCCAGGUGUCGACGCCUUCAGACUUCCAAGACCUGUGCCGCAAGUACGAGAACCCCGCUCAACCAGCAAUGACACGCCUAUGCGUGAGACCCCGGACAUUUCGACUGAAGUUGGAAUUCAUUUAAAGCUGGAGACCUCCGACGAGGACGACGACUACGAAGACAGUCUUCUCUCUGAUAGCUCUUCUGGUCUCGAAGAUGGCUUUCCCCCUUCAAAGAAAGGGCUUCCCAUCUCGCAGCUUCGCACUGGGCUGUGUUAUGAUGAGCGCAUGCGCUAUCAUUCCGAAAUCGCAGCUACCAGUGGCGAAAAUGUUCACCCCGAGGACCCUCGCCGUAUCUACUACAUCUACAAGGAGCUUCGCGAGGCUGGUCUUGUCGAAGAACCUGGGGUCGUCCCUUUCGUCGAGCAUCCUCUAUUAAGGAUUGAAGCACGUGAAGCGACAAAGAAAGAAUGUCUCCUUAUCCAUACUGACGAACAUUAUGAAUUCGUCAAGUCUACAGCAGAAAUGAGUGACGAAAGCCUCAUUGACUUGUCAGAAGACGUCACCAUGGACUCAAUCUACUUCAACAACCUUUCAUACUUUUCUUCGAAGCUUUCUGCUGGUGCCGCCAUCGAAACAUGCCGUGCAGUCGUUUCAAGAAAAGUCAAGAAUGCCAUAGCUGUUAUUCGACCUCCAGGACAUCAUGCCGAAGUCACUCGAACUAUGGGAUUCUGUCUGUUCAAUAAUGUCUGCAUUGCCUCAAAGGUAUGCCAAGAAGACUUCGGUAAUGAAUGUCGGAAGAUCUUGAUUGUGGAUUGGGAUGUACAUCAUGGUAAUGGUUGUCAAGGAGCAUUUUAUAAUGAUCCGAAUAUUCUCUAUAUUUCCCUACAUGUCCACAUGGACGGGAAGUUCUAUCCCUCUGGCCCCGAGGGUGACAUGUAUCACUGUGGCGCCGGGGCAGGACUUGGCAAAAACGUCAACAUACCCUGGCCUUCGAAAGGAAUGGGAGAUGGAGAUUAUAUGUACGCCUUCCAAAUGGUUGUCAUGCCCAUUGCGACCGAGUUUGAUCCCGAUUUUGUUAUUGUUGCUUCUGGAUUCGAUGCCGCAGCCGGUGACGAGCUUGGAGGUUGUUUUGUGUCCCCUGCUUGCUACGCUCAUAUGACACAUAUGCUCAUGUCACUUGCGGGUGGCAAGAUUGCCGUCUGUCUCGAGGGAGGCUACAAUUUCCAAGCCAUUUCCAAAUCCGCCGUCGCCGUGACACGAACCUUGAUGGGAGAGCCGCCAGAUCGUCUUCCUGCCACAGGUGCGACAGCUUCAGCCAUCGAUACGAUUGCAAAAGUACGAAACGUUCAGUCGAAGUAUUGGAGGAGCGUGUAUCCAAAAGAACCUGUCAGCGGAUCCUUUGAGGGCGAAAGACUACAUGACAUCAUCCGACAGUGGCAAGCGAUGCAUUUGUACGAUAAAUUCAAGUUGACUCAACUCCACGUCUUCCGUGAUACCGUCUCCAAGUCGUUUGACCAGCAGGUGCUGGCCUCACCAAAUUACGAAGCACGGAAAUACCUGCUGAUGAUUUUUCAUGAUUCACCUGAUCUACUCUUCGGCUCCAAUUCUGGCGUUACAACGCAACAAAAACCUCAGGAUACCUGGCUUGUUGACGGCGUACAGUCGUACAUACGCUGGGGAGUAUCACACAACUAUGGUGUCAUUGAUAUAAACAUUCCAGAGUUCAUCACUGUCGAUCCCAACACCGGGUCUUCGUCCUACGGAGAGUCGGGUGGGUAUGAAAAUAACAAUGUGGAAUACUCAAGCAAUCAAACAGACCUAGCACGGCGCGAAGGAGAAAAGCUCGCUUCUUACCUCUGGGAGAAUUAUGUUGAACCAUAUGAUUUCCCUGGUGGGAUAUUCUUAAUUGGAGCAGGCCAUGCAUUCCAUGCUGUUGCCAAACUGGUUUCCGAGAAUGAAAAUGUAUACCCCAACCUUACAGGAAUCAUUGGUUUCAUUUCGACCAAUCCGAUCCGACCCAUCUACAACCAUAACCAUCCAUGGCUCCCGCAAUGGUAUAAAGACAACUCUCAGAUUUUCGUUUCACGGGCACACAGUCUGUGGAAGAAAGACGGCAAAGCGUCCAAACGAUAUGGCACAUUAGUCCGAUCCGAGGGAUUACUCCUCAAUGAGAUGAUGAAGCUGCAUGAGAAAGAGGUCUUUGAGUGGAUCGCAGAAAAAGCUGACGUUGAAGGUGACGAGGACGAGGAGGAUGAAGAUGAAGACGACGAUGAAGCAGAGGGUAAGACUGAAGACGAGGAAGAUGCCGUCGCAGUCAAAACUUCUGGAGAUACCGAAAGUGACAACGAUACUCGAAACGUCCUAGGCGAGACGGCGACGGCCAACAACACACGUGGAGAAAGUGAUGGCGACACAAUCGACGACCCGGCUGAGACUGAAACGGCAAGGGCCCUCGACUCUACGUCUCACCAGUUCCUCGUUCCUGUCGUCCAGAGUACAGAUGGAACUUCGGAUGAAGGUGCUACGAGUGGUGGUGGUGGUGGUGGUGGUACCUCUGCCGGUGUCGCUACCAACACCUCAGGCCCGAACAACGGUGGCGAUGUGUACAUGACGACGGAAUAA